AUGUCUCGCAAAGCAGCCUAUGUCACCCUGCUCACCAAGGCAUCCUACUUGGCUGGGGCCCUCGUGAUGCACCACUGUCUGGUUGCGGUUGGAUCCAAGUACCCCUUGGUCAUAAUGGCCACCCCCGGUCUCCCGCAAGCUGUUCGGGACGUUUUAGACCGAAGGGGAAUCCAAAUUUACGAUGUCCCGAGCCUCCAACCUAAGGAGGGGGCCCACGCACUCGCAGCUCAUGACGAACGUUUCGGCGACACCUGGACUAAGCUCAGAGUAUUCGAGAUGCACGAGUACGAGCGCAUCGUCCUCCUAGAUUCCGAUAUGAUUGUCAUGCGGAACAUGGACGAGUUGAUGGACCUUGAGCUUCCUCACGACUGGAUAGCAGCUGCACAUGCCUGCGCGUGCAACCCCCGCAAGCUGCCACAUUACCCCCGGGACUGGAUACCCGAGAACUGCGCGCACACGCUGAUGGUCCAUCCCACUGCUCUGACCUCGCCGCCCGUUAUCACCGAGUCGAGUCCCCGCCCGUACACUCUGCUUAAUUCCGGGACGGUCGUGCUCAAUCCCUCACGGAAGCUGUUCGACGCCAUCACGGACUUUCUGUACACCUCGCCGCUCGUCCCUACAUUUUCCUUCCCGGACCAGGACCUCCUGUCCGCCUUCUUCAGGGGAAAGUGGAAGCCCCUUCCGUGGUGCUACAACGCGCUGAAGACUUUGCGAGUCAUUCACAAGCCGAUGUGGCGAGACGAAGAAAUCCGGUGUCUUCAUUACAUACUCAGUGACAAACCGUGGCUGAUACCGCCCGGGGCUGGCGGCGACUACGAAGUCGUAAAUCAGUGGUGGUGGGAUAGAUUCGAGAAGCUGCGUGAAGGCAUGGAGCCAACCGAUAGUGAAGGCUGGAAGCUGGUUACUUCCAACGUCGUCCAACUAUGA